AUGGGGGCUUUUCCUGGAUUCUACCUUCCUGUCUCUGCUGCAGAUUACUGUAAAUACAGAAGACAUGUGAGAAGCAGGUUCUACUGUAUCCAAGAUAGAAAUGCACGUCUGGGUGAGAGUGUUGACCUCAGCAAACGCUACACUCAGCUACAAAUGGUCAAGGAGCAUCCCAGCAAGCAAGAGAGGGAGUAUGAACUACUGACCAUUGGCAGGACCAAAAUGUGGGACAGCCCCAUGAGUUCCAUUAAGCUGGAGUUACUGUUUGAGCCUGAGGAUAAGCACACAGAGCCUGUGCACACAGUGGUGUUCCAGGGAGCAGCAGGCAUUGGGAAAACAAUACUAGCCAGGAAGAUUAUGUUGGACUGGGCAUCUGGGAAGCUCUUCAAAGACAAAUUUGAUUAUGUAUUCUUUAUCCACUGUCGAGAGGUGAGCCUCAGGACACCAAGGAGUCUGGGAGACCUGAUUGUCAGCUGCUGGCCUGAUCCAAACCCACCACUGUGCAAGAUCCUGCAUAAGCCUUCCAGGAUCCUCUUCCUCAUGGAUGGCUUUGAUGAGCUGCAAGGGGCCUUUGAUGAGCACAUUGGAGAGGUCUGCACAGACUGGCAGAAGGCUGUGAGGGGAGACAUCCUGCUGAGCAGCCUCAUCCGAAAGAAGCUGUUGCCCAAGGCCUCUCUGCUCAUUACAACGAGGCCGGUAGCCUUGGAGAAACUGCAGCAUCUGCUGGACCACUCUCGCCAUGUAGAGAUCCUUGGUUUCUCUGAGGCCAAAAGGAAGGAGUAUUUCUUUAAGUAUUUCUCAGAUGAGCUGCAGGCCAGGGAAGCCUUUAGGCUGAUCCAAGAGAAUGAGAUCUUCUUUACCAUGUGCUUCAUCCCCCUGGUCUGCUGGAUUGUGUGCACAGGGCUGAAGCAGCAGAUGGAGACCGGGAAGAGCCUGGCCCAGACCUCCAAGACCACUACUGCUGUCUAUGUCUUUUUCCUCUCCAGCCUGCUGCAGUCCCGAGGGGACAUGGAGGAGCAUCUCUUCUCUUCCCACCUACAGGGGCUCUGCUCACUGGCUGCAGAUGGAAUUUGGAACCAGAAAAUCCUAUUUGAGGAGUGUGAUCUGAGGAAACACGGCCUGCAGAAGACAGAUGUCUCUGCUUUCCUGAGGAUGAACGUGUUCCAGAAGGAAGUGGACUGUGAGAAAGUCUACAGCUUCAGCCACAUGACCUUCCAAGAGUUCUUUGCUGCUAUGUACUAUUUGCUGGAAGAGGAGGAAGAGGGGGUGGCUGUGAGGAAGGGACCAGCAGGUUGUUCAGAUCUUCUGAACCGAGACGUGAAGGUCCUCCUAGAAAAUUAUGGCAAGUUUGAAUUUUUAAAAACACAGCGAUAUGGGAAAAGUGAUAUCCAACAGUAUCCAGAUAUUCAGACUAGAUUCAAUUGGGUGUGA